CUCCCAGCGUAGCAAGCUGGACACAAACCACCAUCCACAGCCUCAACUAGCUCGGGAAAUACUAAUGUGAGCGGCCUCGCCUACAAUCCUUCGUGGAUUUUUAUUUUUUCUGUGUGUUAGUGACACCGUGGCAGAGUUUAUGAUGAAUAAGGAAAUCAUGUCACGCGUGGUGAAGAAGAGGCAGGCCGACCCCAAGGUGGUCCAGUAUGUGUGGGCGGCCAUCGAGGUCAUUCGCAACCAGAAACAAAUCGCAAACAUGGACCGAAUCUCCAAGUACCUGAGCCGUGUGUUUGGCAUGCACCCGAAGGAGACGGCCAGACAGCUGAGCCUGGCAGUGAAGGACGGCCUGGUGGUAGAGACCCUGACGGUCGGCUGCAAGGGCUCCAAGGCCGGCAUCGAGCAGGAGGGUUACUGGCUGCCCGGGGAUGAGAUGGAGCCGAAAGCGGAGGGAAGCAAGGACUGGGAGGCGGAGAGCCACGACUGGUACUGCUUCGAGUGUCACCUACCGGGCGACGUCCUCGCCUGCGACAACUGCUUCCGGGUCUACCAUCUCAAAUGUCUGUCGGAAGAGUUCAAGCCCAGAGACGGAGGGUCCCACUGGCAGUGUGUGGUCUGCAGGGGAAGUAAAAAGAAGAACCUGAACAAACAGGAGAUGUGUAAAUACCUGCGCUUCAUCGUCCAGCGUAUGAAGGAGAGGGCGGUGGACCUGAACAAAAAAGGCAAAGACACUAAACAUCCCAUGUACAAACGUCUGAUCCACACGGCGCUGGACGUCUCCAACAUCCAGGAGAACCUGACUGAAGGAAAGUAUAAGAACUUCGAGGAGUUCAAAGCAGACGCUCAGCUGAUUGUUCACAACACGGCCAUCUUGUAUGGAGUUCAAAGCGACCAGGCGGAGAUCGCACAGCUGCUCUUCAGCGACACAUGCCACGAGCUGAACGAGCUGUUGUUAUGUAAGAACUGUUUCUACCUGUCCAACGCUCGGCCCGACAACUGGUUCUGUUAUCCCUGCAGCCCCAGCCACGACCUGGUCUGGGCCAAGAUGAAGGGUUUUGGCUACUGGCCAGCGAAGGUCCUCCAGAGGGAGGACAACCAGGUGGACGUCCGCUUCUUUGGACACCAGCACCAGAGAGCGUGGAUCCCGUCGGACAACAUCCAGGACAUCAAGGUGAGCGUCCAGCAGCUGCAGGUGAAGCGCAGCAACGGCUGGAAAAAGGCGUGCGAGGAGCUGGAGGUUUACCAGCGCUUCGUGAGGGAGGGACGCUUCUGGAAGACGAAGCAGGAGGAAGGCAGCCCGCCUCACCAACCCAGCCCGAACCAGAACCAGAGCCAGAACCAGACCCAGAGCCAGAACCAGACCCAGAGUCAGAGUCAGAAUCAGAGUCAGAGCCAGAGCCAGCGGCAGGACGAGGGCAGCGGGAGGACGGACAGACUGGAGAGGACGGACGAGGCCGAGUCCAGCAUCUCGUCCACCAGCAACGAGCAGGUUCGCCAUCUCAAAGGCAGCCAGGAGCCCAAGGCGAAGAAAAGCCGUCGGACUCAGAUGGUCGACCUGAAAGAAGAAGCCAGUGACCCAGAGCCGGAGAUGGAGGCUGUGAGCUCCAGCCAGGAGAUCCCCGUGUCGUCGGCGCCCCAGCAGCCGGAGAAGCAGUCGGUGUCCACGCAGACCAAGAAGGCGAACGGGGCUCCGCCGCGCACGCUGCACCGCGGCACCCAGACCACCACGGACGGCGCCUGCCAGAACAUGUGCCACGAGAAGUACACCAAGGUCUUCAACGACGUCAAGGAGAUGAUGAAGGCCGACAACAAAAGGGAGACGGAGCGCGUCGUCAGAGAAGCUCUGGAGAAGGUGGGUUUCACGUGAAUUCAGCUUAAGUAUCAUCACACAUGUUCAGGUGUUUGAUCGCGAUUACAAAAGAAAAAACAACUUGUUGAUGUGGGUAAUUAACUGGGUUUACAUGGAGAUAAAUAUUCCAGUUAGUGGGAAUAAACAGGCUCAAACAGAACGACGUCUCUUCAGUUUCUCAGGCCAGAAACUGAAUGAAUCUGAAUGAAGUCAGGCUCAGUCUGGACCUUAAUGCUCAGUGCAGAACCUGUUUUUAAUACCAACUCUGAAAGAACUAGAUGUUGUCGUGGAAAAAAUAGAAACAUCAAACUGCUUAAAAAGGUCGAUCAGAAAUUAACCGAAGCGCGAAACACGUUCAGAAGCUGAACACAUUCAAGACUAAACAACACAUCAGCUAAAGUCGACCCCACACACUUUCUGAAUCAAGCUGUCGAUUUAAUAAUUAAACUGUAAAAACAAUAGUAACAAGAGUCAGUCUGUAAAACACGUUCACGUUAAAGUAGAGGUUCAUGUAAACACCAGACUGGAGCCGAUCAGCUGUGUUCACCUGUCUGAUGACGUGGUUUUUGGUUUUGGUUUGGGUUUUAAAGACGCCGCGGUGUCUCCGUG